UCCCAAAUCCCCCCUAACGGUUUCUUUAUUCUUCCCAUUUUGCCCCUCUCCUCUCUUCUAGUUUCCCCCUCUAAUGCCACUACUCUCUCUUCUUCUCACUACUAACUAAAAGCCAGCAAAGUCUUUUUUUAAUCCCCACACAGAAGUAAAAGAUGAUUACGUGGCACGACUUGUACACCGUCCUCACCGCGGUUGUGCCGCUCUACGUCGCCAUGAUCCUCGCCUACGGAUCCGUGCAGUGGUGGAAGAUCUUCUCCCCUGACCAGUGCUCCGGCAUCAAUCGCUUCGUCGCCAUCUUCGCCGUCCCUCUCCUCUCCUUCCACUUCAUCUCCACCAACGACCCUUACGCCAUGAACCUCCGCUUCAUCGCCGCCGACACCCUUCAGAAGAUCAUCAUGCUCUUCCUCCUUGCUCUCUGGGCCAACCUCACCAAGAACGGUAGCUUGGAGUGGAUGAUCACCAUCUUCUCCCUCAGCACUCUCCCCAACACUCUCGUCAUGGGGAUCCCUCUCUUGAUCGCCAUGUACGGCUCUUACGCCGGCUCUCUCAUGGUCCAGGUCGUCGUUCUUCAGUGUAUCAUCUGGUACACUCUCCUCCUCUUCCUCUUCGAGUACCGUGGCGCUAAGCUUCUCAUCAUGGAGCAGUUCCCUGAGACUGCCGCCUCCAUCGUCUCCUUCAAGGUCGAGUCCGACGUCGUUUCCCUCGACGGCCAUGAUUUCCUCGAGACCGAUGCUGAGAUCGGAAACGACGGCAAGCUCCACGUCACCGUCAGGAAAUCCAACGCCUCCAGGAGGUCACUGAUGAUGACUCCACGCCCUUCCAAUCUCACCGGAGCUGAGAUCUACAGCCUCAGUUCCACUCCCAGAGGCUCCAAUUUCAAUCACUCCGAUUUUUACUCCGUCAUGGGCUUUCCCGGCGGGAGGCUUUCUAAUUUUGGUCCGGCCGAUCUCUACUCCGUUCAAUCUUCUUCUCGUGGUCCGACUCCACGGCCUUCCAAUUUCGAGGAGAACAACGCCGUCAGAUACGGAUUCUACCCUAACCCGGCGACGGCGGGUUCGUACCCGGCUCCGAACCCGGAGUUCUCAUCCGGGAAUACGGCUGUUCCAACUAAACCGAAUAAAAUCCCUAAAGAAAACCAACAGCAAGAUAAGGACAAUAGCAACAAAGCGAGCCAUGACGCUAAGGAGCUUCACAUGUUUGUUUGGAGCUCUAGCGCUUCCCCUGUUUCCGACGUCUUCGGUGGAGGCGGAGGUGAACACGUCGCCACGGAGCAAUCUGAGCAAGGCGCCAAGGAGAUCCGGAUGGUCGUCUCUGAUCAACCUCGAAAGAGUGAUGCCGUUAGAGGUGGUGAUAUCGGCGGUGGCGAUGUUGGAGAGGGUGAAAGAGAGAUAGAGAAAGCUACGGCAGGGCUAAACAAAGUAAAGUCUAAUUCCACGGCGGAGCUAGAGGCGGCUGGGGGAGGCGGAGGCGGCAUGGGAACACAUAUGCCGCCGGCAAGUGUGGUGACGAGACUGAUUCUGAUAAUGGUGUGGAGAAAACUCAUCAGAAACCCAAACACAUACUCAAGUCUCAUCGGUCUCAUCUGGGCUCUUGUUGCUUACCGGUGGCAUGUGGCUAUGCCCAAAAUAUUACAACAGUCCAUCUCCAUACUCUCAGAUGCUGGUCUUGGAAUGGCUAUGUUCAGCUUAGGUCUAUUCAUGGCACUUCAACCAAAAAUCAUUGCUUGUGGGAACUCGGUCGCCACGUUUGCCAUGGCAGUCAGAUUUAUAACCGGUCCGGCCAUCAUGGCUGUUGCUGGGAUUGUCAUUGGGUUACACGGCGACCUUCUCCGUAUAGCCAUCGUUCAGGCUGCGUUGCCUCAAGGAAUAGUUCCCUUUGUGUUUGCAAAAGAGUACAAUGUGCAUCCCACGAUCCUCAGCACUGCGGUAAUAUUUGGAAUGUUAAUAGCGUUACCCAUAACACUGGUCUACUAUAUUCUUCUUGGCCUCUGAAUUGGUCCCUUCAGUUUCUUCAACUGGCUUUUGAGAGCGCCUCGGAGAUUGGGUUCUUCUUCAUUUCUCGGUUAACCACCACGGAAAUAAAGAAAGCCUUUAAUCUUGUGGGAAAGAGUGGAAAGGUCAAGAAGAAGAUAUAUAUGCCCUCUUUGGUUUUUGGUUCCAAUAUUUGUGGAACACAACAAAAAGUACUUAGG